AAUAAUAGACUACUAAUUCUCCCUCUCUCCCCACACUGUUCGCACGUCUCUGCCUCCCUCUGUCCGCAAUUGGCGUCGACCGUCAUCUGCUCCAGCCUGCCGCCGCCAUCGUCCGUCGUCCGCGCCACCCUCACACAAUCCAGGAGUCCAGUUAACCAUGGUUCAUACAUUAGUACAUACUCCUUAUUUUUAUUUAAAUAUUUUAAAGAUUAAUUCUGAAAAAAAUUAUGUCGUUAGUUUGUAAAUUUUAUUUUGAAAUUUGAUAUCUAGAAAUUGUAAUAGAUUAUAAUGUUAAUUUGUUAAGUUAAUUACCGUGGAUAUUCUUUCUGGCAUCUGAAUUGUCAUUUGAGUUGAUGGGGAACCUUUCCUUUAUUGACGACAAUUUGGAGUACGAAGAUAGAGCUUUAUUUAAUUGAUGAUUGCCUGUCAACAAGCUUUAAGUUGUUUAUGAUUUCUCCUUGUGAAGAGAACUUGAAAAACUUCAUUGAUUUUUGAACAUCAAAGCUAUAGAACCUUUCAUGUCUACUAAGUGGUUGUUUGUUCUUACCCUCCCUCCAACUUGGACUGCUUUUAGAGGAUGCUCUCUCUUUUGUGAAGGCUUCUUUUGAUGCCAUCUUCUUGUUAAGAUGUUUUUCUGGAGUUUUAGGAAAACUUCAUUGAUUUGGGGAAAUGCACCUAGUUAAAUCUUCCUUACUGAAUAAUAUGUCUAGUCACUUCCAAGGGGUUCUUUGAAUAUUCAUUUUGGGUGCAGGCUCAUGAAGGAGCCAUGUGAUGAUUGCUACUAAGAUGCUCUUUUAAGCUUUUGUAGUUUUGCUCACAUGAUGAAAUAAGAUUGUAUAUGUUUGCUUGUCAUCUGUCACAAAUUGGAAAAUUUAGUUUUUCAUGUUUAGUCUUGCACUUUGUUACUCUAAUGUCAAAAGCUGAAAAUAGCAAAAAGAUACCUAUUUAUAUAUUUGAGUUAUCUUGCACACUUGUAAGUGAAUAUUUGUCUGAAUUUUAAUUUUAAUUUUUGGGGGAAGAUUAUGAAUGUCUUACUGGUGUUGUGACUACUUAGGUCCAUAGGGUAUAUUAUUGUUAUGCAUGAAUGUGCUUUCAUUGCAGGCCAUGGGUGACCUUCUAAAUAUAGAAAUGAAAAACAUAAAGCAAAACCUCGACGCUUUAAUCAUUGCUAAAUUUGAUGAGAUCAGUCGCCUAGCAAGGCUUAAGAAGCGCUUGGAGAAGCAGAUCGUAGAGAAGGAUGAAUCUAUUUUGAAUGUAUCGACCCUCAUUGGUGUCUCCAAGGACUCCCUGGUUAAGAUCAAUGACAAUUUGGAGAAGAUUAUUACUGAAAACAAGGAAGCCUUGGAAGAAGUCCGGUCUGCUGCUUCUUCGCAGCAGAAGUCCCACCCUGAGCCUUGGAAAUUGUGCCUCAACGAGAAGGCGAACGAGGUUAAUAGGCUAUUUGAUGAGGUUAAUAGGAUAUUUGAUGAGCUCAAUAGGAUUAAUAAUAAAGUGGUGGUCGUGGACAACUCUGCCAAAGUACACGAGCUUAUCACCUCAAUUUCCGAGGUUAUGGAGACACUCAAUCGUGCGCGGGCCUACCUCAUGAAACUUAAGUAGGGGUUGUGCAGACAUACGUGGUCAUGUUUUGUGUUUUUGUGUUCCAACGGAGAUGGCGAUUGGUUCUAUCUCCACUGCCGGAGAAGGCUGAUUUCUUUCUCCGGCAGAACGCAACGUUUGAUGUUGUUUUACCCGCCUUCGCCGAAAAUCUAGUUGACCUGCAAUUACAGGUCACAAAUAGGUUAGAGCGUUUAUUUACUCCAAAAUAAUAAGUUUGAGGGUCUAAUUGGAACUUUUUGAA